UGGUAAUCUUUUGAAUGCAAUCGCAUCUUCUGUCUUUACUCUGUUUUUGCUGUUAGCAGUAGAGUCACAGUUUGUAUUUAGUGUUGACUCUGUAAUGUAAAACAGGGGUGGUUGUUGUGACUUGAAGAUUUUGGCACUUUUGUAUUUCUGUUGUGUAUUGAAUUUAAAUUCAGAUUAUGUUAAAUUUUGUGUAGAAUGAAUAUUGUACUCAGUUUAGAGAGUUGUCUGCUUCGUCUCCUCACUUUGGAUGCCAGGUAAAGGACACUAAACCUACACAAUUGAGCACUAGCCAGCAGUAGUCAGGUCCGACCCUACCGGAUCCUGUGCAUGUUAAGUCCGAGCCCAGAGAUUGUUAAAUCUGACAUUUUUAACUAAAAUUCUGAGUUGUCUAAAUGAGUGGAAUCUGUAUAGAAUGAUUUUAAUGAACAGUGCAACACAGAAGAAGCAUAGGUCUAUUGAUUAACAAAACUGUUACGCACAGCACUGCAGUGUUGUGUAAAGACCAGUUAAUACAGUCUGCGAAUUUGUUGAAUUUGCAAAUUUUGUUGAAUUUGUUGAAUUUGCGAAUUUCACUGAAAGCAGCUGAUGGAUGCAUGGAUGGAUGGUGACGUUACUAGUUCCUAUUCUAUGGAAUGUCAGGAUAAAGUGUCCUUCAGCGACUUUUACAUUGCAUUGUUGCAUGUUGUGAUUUUGUCUUUAAUUCUGCAUUUACUGAUUAAAUAAAGUAUCAAUAAUAUUUUCCCUGAUUUCAGUAGCUUUGUGGAACAUUGUUGCCCUGGGGGUUAGGGUAACACUCUUAUUCUUUUUUUGUUGUUGUAGUAGUAAUAGUCAGCUAUAUAAAAUUAGUAAAUAUUAUUUAAAUGGUGAGUCACUCUCAGCACUGCAGUAAAACACCUCAGUUUUACUGCUGACUGAGAAUAGUCCAAGAACAGCAAGCUUUGGGCAUUGUCCUGUGGACAGUGUCCUGUGACUACUGAUGAAGGUCCUAAUCAUUGAAGAACAGGGUGAAAGGAGGAGGAUAAAGUAUGCGGAGAAACAGAUAUAUGUAGAUAGACUACAGUCUGCAGUUAUAAAACUACAAAGUGUCCUGUAUGCUAAGUCGAGCUGAAAAAAUACAGGGGUUGGACAAUGAAACUGAAACACCUGGUUUUAGACCACAAUAAUUGAUUGUCCCUACAGACAGUUCUGGUGGAAACAGGAGAGUUGAGGUGCACAUUAAAUUCUGCCGUGAUUUGAUCAGCCGUGGAUUAUUAUUUUUUUGGAUACAAUCCGGGUUAGCACCCAAACAUCCCUUUCAGACAGCUUCCUCUUACAGCGUCCACAGUUAAUCCUGUUGGAUGUGGUUGGUCCUUCUUGGUGGUAUGCUGACAUUACCCUGGAUACCGUGGCUCUUGAUACAUCACAAAGACAUGCUGUCUUGGUCACAGAUGCGCCAGCAAGACGUGCACCAACAAUUAGUCCUCUUUUGAACUCUGGUAUGUCACCCAUAAUGAUGUGUGUAUUGCAAUAUUUUGAGCAGAACUGUGCUCUUACCCUGCUAAUUGAACAUUCACACUCUGCUCUUACUGGUGCAAUGUGCAGUUAAUGAAGAUUGGCCACCAAGCUGCUCCAAUUUAGCCAUGAAACCUCCCACUCCCACACCUGACGGUUCUCAGGUGUUUCAGUUUUAUUGUCCAACCCCUGUUGAGAGUGUAGAUUAUGGAAACUAGGAAGUGAUCAAAGUGGGACCGCUUUGUACUUUCCAAGCAAUGUACUAGCUGCAGCUCUGCAUUUUGAAUUAAACCCUACCUUAAUAUAAAGUUAAAUGCGCUGUGGAGUGUAAACUUAUUGCAUACAGCACGGUUCUGAUUGUGUCAUCAAACAUCAUCGGUAUCAGCUGAGGAGGCAGCUGUGAGGUCCGCCCCCUGCCGCGUACAGACAACACAUUUAGUUUGAGGGGAAAAUCUUUCAGGGCCUCCAGUUAAUCAGCUCUGUCUUCUGGGACUGAUUGCUUGGUUCAGAAGCCCACCCUUAAAAAGACGGCUGAAAUGAGAUCGCAUAUGAAACGUGCUCGCGGAAUAAACAAACUUCCGAGACUUGGACGAGAACGGAAACUGGAGAUGAGGACUGAUAAUCCGAGAGCACUGAGAAAAAAGGACGCAAGUCCGGACGUGGUGGUGGUCCUGGACGAAGACGAAAGCCUGCCAACACAAUUCCUGCCGGGCUCGGGGAACAUGAGCAAGGAGAUGAAGCAGUUCGACCCGGAAUCGCUGGAAAUGUACGGAAGUCAAGCGAAAGCCCUGGGCCUAUCGGACGGUAAUCUGUGCGUGGUGUGUGGGCGGACCUUCACUUCACGAGCUCUGCUGAAGAUUCACCUGAGGGUUCACUCAGGAGAGAAACCGUAUAACUGCCAUUUCUGCGAUAAGAACUUCCGACAAUCCAGCCACCUCAGCGUUCAUCUCCGGAUUCAUACCGGAGAAAAGCCCUACAGCUGCCCCACCUGCGGGAAGCGCUACAGCGACCGGAGCGCGUGUAACAGACACGUUAAAGCUCAUCUGAUGGAGCAGACUGAGCAGAUUGAGUAGCGGGAGGCAUGUUGGAGAUGUUUAGUUUUUAUCUUCCUCUAUUGUAGAAUUUUAGAUAUAGUUACACUACAUUCUUAAUAUUAAAUUCAAGAGAUCUUAAUGCUUUGCCUUAGGAGAGCCACUUUUUAAGGCCAAUUUAUGACUCUCCGUCAACCCUACGCUGCCCCCUAACAUGUACCUCCCCAGAAACAUCUUCGCAUCACAGCAACACAGACUUCAUCAACUGUGUUCGGUUUGCUGAGUAUCGUAUUUAAACUUCCAUAUCUCCACCUUUUUUUUGAUGACCACUGUUUUGCCAGUGUAAGUGCAGAGCGAUUUAGGUUUCCAAACCUAAAGGUCCAGACCAAAGUCUAAACCAAGGUUAAUUUGCUCUUUUCGCAAUUAGUUUUGGUUUCACACUGUGUCUAGUGGCUGAACCCAACAAAAAACACCUUGACAUGUCUUGUUGUCAUCCCCUACAUGGGCAAAGAACCUGAGUCUCCCUAUACAUGACAUUGAUUGGUUUGUAGAAGGAAAAUAAAUGUCACACAGCAGCAUUUUUUUUGUCAAUUUGGCCAGUUGUCUUUGCAGAUGUUCUGCCAAAUUUUGCUUCUUUGCCACAAUCCGACAGCUCAGAUUUUUCUUUUUGGUCAAAACCCAAAUAGAAGCUGUGAAAGGUUCUAUAAACCAUGUUCUGGAGAUUCAAAGAGGCGAAUCAAUUGAUUGAUGGUCCAGUUUGUUGGCAGUGAGACAGUGAGGCUAUUGUCACCCAUUAAAUAAUAGAAUAAUUUGAGUACAACAGAUGAUGCUGGUGAUUUCUGUAUCUACUGUAACUAGAUUAUUAACCCUACUACAGGAUGUGCCAGCACUCAAAGUGAGGCAGAACACAACACCUGGAAAAAAAAGAACCGAACUUACUACAUUCUUCAAAACGAUCAGUGUUUGGUAAGACCAAAUUUGGGUGGUUCUUGGCACCUGCUCUUUCACACCUGCUCUGUUGGUUCGGCCCAAACAAGGUAGGUGUGAAAGUGGCCUUAAACCACUAAAUACCCUUUGAAAGGUUUUUCUUUAGAACCGUGGUUUUCAGAGCAAAGUUGGGUCCAUGAUAUGUAGCUAGAGGUUCUGCAUUUUCUUUUUUUCUUUUCUUUUUUGGAACCCAUAUCAAGUUUGGUUGAAUAAGAACCAAAAGAAACAACUUGUUCCAGGCAGUUUUUUAUUACUGUAUCCCAGGUUUCAGGAUGUUUCACUUGCGUUACUAGAUGGUUACUAUUGUAUCUCAGGUGGUUUCUAGGGUUUAUCACUUAAUGAAAAAUCUAUGUAAUAAAAACGAGUUCCUGACUGUAAAAGGUAUGAGAAGCUUUGCUUUAGAAAGUAGUUUUUGUAAAUGGAAUGCAUGAAGAAUUAUUAUUUAUUAUUAAUUAUUGAAGGUUAAGCGAAAAGGUAAAGGUUAAAAAAGUCCAGAGGCCCAAAGGUUUCAGAAAAACCCUUCAAAAUGGUACAUUUAAUGUAUUUUACGUUAUGUUAAUAUGUUUUUAAUCCUGGUUCUUCUGUGCCACCUAUCAAAAGAACCCUUUGCGCCAGCUCUUAAUUUAUAUAUAUUUUUUACUUUGUUUUAAAGAGUGUGCUUAUAAUUCUGUAUCAUCAAUUGUAUUCUGUUUUGUAUUCUGUUACUGAUUUCUUCUAUUUCUUUCAAUGACAUGAAGUAUUCUUGAGUUUGAUGGGUACUUUGUUGGUAAUUUGAAUUUAAAUGUAAAGCUAAUUUAAGCAAAAUAGCUGUAGGAACUUUUAGAACUUUGAACCUUUUAAACUUUGGAAAAAAAAAACUUGAAUAUGCAAACAUGACUAGCUAGUGAGCUCUUAAUGUAGCUUUUAUUUAUUUACGGUAACAUUGACCAAACCUUAGGGCUGGACAGUAAUUCAGUAUCAAUAUAGAUUGUUAUAUAAUCUGUUUUAAUAUUAAUUCAUUUUACUGAAUUUUAUUACAUUUUAUUUUUUUUUUUUUUUAACUUUUCUGAUAUUUAUACAUACUGUUACAUAUUAUUUAUAGCAUCAUUCACUGACCGACCUUCAUUAUAGGGCAUCCGUUAUGGCCGGUAUUUUUAUUUUUUCCAGUUUACCUGUGGCUUUCAUACUGUUCAAAUUAAUAUCAGACUGAAAUUAUAAAAAAUAUAUUGUGAUAUAAAUGUUGGCCAUAUCGCCCAAACCCUGCAUUAAAUCUUUCGAUUCUGUAUUUUAGAGGUUUAACAAAACCCUAAAACUAUUAUAACUAUUAAAUAGAUAUAAACAUUUUUUUACAAGAUGCACCAAUCAGCCAUAACGUUAAAAGGUUUAAGGUUUGAGUGAAACUGAUCUAAUAUGAAGGAUUUAAAUAUUUCUUCAUCUUCUAGCUGAUCAGUGUGUAAAUUGCGACUCAUUGCAACAUAAAGUUUGGGUUUCAAGUGGUUUACAUCACACCUUAUUAAUUAUUGAGAGUUUAAUCUUCUGUUACAAAGAAAAAAUCUGAUUAGUGGCUGACUGAGGUGAAUGCUAUGAGUUUUCCCAUUAUCUGAUUUAAAAAAAGUACAUAUAAAUGCGAUGAUCAGACUGUUGUUCUGAUCAACUUCGGAUGUUCUUCAGUAAUCGAAUUAUGAUGUGCAUGUAAGUGCAUGGCUGAAAAGUGUAAAAAAAAAUAUUUGCGAAACUCUCAGUGCUUUUCAGUUCAAAUUAGUUUUUGAUAGUUAUUUAUUGUUUAUAUUUUUUGUUCUUUGCCACGUUUGUUCAUUUUCCCCUCCGCAAGACAUUUGUGUGACCAACGAACUGUGUAAGGGGUGCAGAAAUGAUUAAAUAUUAUAACACUAAUAAAGGUUAGUUACAUAGGAAAACUAUUUUAUUUAUUUAUUUGUAGCAUUGUGUGAAGCUUUUCUUAAUAUUUGAUUGAUUUUUGUCCUGUGCGUUUCAUUCAGUUUGCUUUAAAUUGAGUUGUUACUAUAUGUUAUUGUACACUGUGACUUCUCUUUUUUUUAAUAGAAAAUAAAAGCGUGUUCCUCCA